AUGACUCAAAUCUCGUUUGGUAACGACAGCUCGGGGCCUCAGUUUGGGAUCAACCACGGAGUGAUCAAUGCCGGAUUUAAGUACAAAUACUGGAAGAGCGAGCCCCGAGGUCUACUAUGGAUUAAAGGAAAACCAGGUGCCGGAAAAUCGACGUUGAUGGCAUUCCUACACGGCAAACUCGAGAUUUUACAAAUCGGCAACCAGGGCAUCCAGCUCGACUUUUUCUUUACUGCCCGGGGCACAGAGAUGCAGCGUACACCGCUAGGCAUGCUCCGAUCGCUGUUGAACCAGAUUUUUGCCCGCGACGCGACCAUACGCCGUCUGGUGCGCGAAGUCUAUGAAAAACGAUCUAGGCAGUUUGGGUUCGGUGAUCGUAAGUGGGAAUGGCCACAAACGGUGCUUGAAGAGUUACUAGCAGAUGUUAUCCUAGCAUCUGCUAGUCGAAAGCAUGUGACGGUUUUUGUCGAUGCUCUAGAUGAGACUAGAGCUGAGUCUGCUCAACAACUUGCAGCGUAUUUCCAUCGACUUAUUGAGCGAGCAGCGAAAAAGAAUGCAGCGAUUGGAAUCUGCAUUUCAUGUCGGCACUAUCCUAUCAUAGGAAGUGCCCAGGCUAUAUAG